GCGACGUGGCCCUGCGGCUCCAGCGCGGCCCGCUGCUGGCGCUCCGCGCCACGGACCGCGCCUUCGCGGCGCUGCGGGCGGCGGGCGACGUCGUCACGUGGGGCGAUCCCGGCUAUGGUGGUUACAGCAGGUUGGUAGAAGAUCAGCUGCAGAAUGUGCGACAGCUGCAGUCCACCUUUGCCUCCUUUGCUGCCCUGCUGGCAGAUGGCCGUGUUGUGGCCUGGGGCGAUAGCCUUACUGGUGGUGACUGUCGAGUGGAGGAGAGCCGGCUACGAAAUGUUCGGAGUAUCCAGAGCUGUGAUGCUGCCUUUGCAGCUCUCUUGGCAGAUGGCACUGUGGUGACCUGGGGGUCUUCAUUUGCCGGCGGUGACAGCAGCGCGGUGCGCGCGCAGCUCUACGACGUGGAAGCGAUCCAAGCGACGCGGCAGGCCUUCGCCGCCCGGCGCCGCGAUGGCUCGGUGGUGUCCUGGGGAAGCGAAGACUACGGCGCCAGGCCGUCCGUGCUUCAAGACGUGGCGGAGUUGGCCGCCUCUUUCCGCUCCUUUGCGGCCAUUUUGCUGGAUGGUCGCGUGGUCACCUGGGGCCCCGCAGCACCAUGA